AUAUCAUACGUAUUUAUUUGAGAUCAACGUUUGGUGAAGUAGCGCUAAUGAUUAAAAGAAAAGAAAUGCGGUGGACCCCACCACUCCCAACUACCCCCAAAAUCCCCCCCAAUUUAAACCACGGCACCCCCUCUCUUCCACCAACUCCCACCGCCAAAAAUCAAAAUGUCGCCGGAAAACCCCUCCGCCCCGCCCAAUUUCUGGGGCGACACGCCGGAGGAGGAGUACUACGCUUCCCAGGGCGUCCGCAAUUCGAAAUCCUACUUCGAAUCCCCACACGGCAGGCUCUUCACCCAAUCCUUCCUCCCCCUCGAACCGACCUGCCCCGUCAAGGGCUCCGUCUUCAUGACCCACGGAUACGGGUCCGACACCGGCUGGAUGUUCCAGAAGUUCUGCAUCAACUUCGCGAGCUGGGGCUACGCCGUCUUCGCCGCCGAUAUGCUUGGCCACGGCCGCUCCGACGGGAUCCGCUGCUACAUGGGGGACCUCCGCAAGGUCGCCGCGGCGUCGCUCAGCUUCUUCAAGAGCGUUAGGGUUAGCGAGGAUUACAAGGAUCUGCCGGCGUUUCUGGUCGGGGAGUCGAUGGGAGGCCUCGCCACGCUGCUCAUGUAUUUCCAGUCGGAGAAGGAUCUCUGGACCGGCCUCAUCUUCUCCGCGCCGCUCUUCGUCAUACCCGAGGCCAUGAUGCCGUCUAAGAUUCACUUGUUGGCGUAUGGAAUGCUAUUUGGAUUAGCCGAUACAUGGGCUGCAAUGCCGGACAACAAGAUGGUUGGCAAGGCCAUUAAAGAUCCCGAGAAGCUCAAGGUGAUCGCGAGCAACCCGUUGAGGUACACAGGGAAACCUAGGGUGGGGACGAUGAGGGAGUUGGUGAGGCAGACGGAGUAUGUGCAGAGCAACUUCGACAAGGUGACCGUCCCCUUCUUCACUGCGCAUGGGACAUCAGACGGGUUGGCUGAGGCGUCCGGAUCAGAGAUGUUGUACGAGAAGGCGAGCAGCGAGGACAAGACUCUGAAGCUGUAUGAAGGGAUGUACCAUUCUCUGAUACAAGGGGAGCCGGAUGAGAAUGCGAGUCUUGUGUUGGCUGACAUGAGGGCGUGGAUUGAUGAGAGAGCUGAGAGAUACUGCUUCCAAUUGACUUCUUUUCUGUUUUUAGUAACUUGAGAUUCAAGGCAUAGAGUGAACGAUGUGUAUGUCCAUAAAUGGAAAAGCUGGUACCACAAUGGACGGUGAAACUCAAAACAUUAGUUUGUGGUGUCGUUGUUUUGAAAUUAAUAAAAUUGUGUACAAUACAUUUGAUAU